CACCAGAUAUCCAAGAUGCAAUUUCUUUUUUAAAAAAGGAAGGUUAUCAAGUCGAAUCAUAUAAAACUUCUCACCAAUCCACCUCUGGUUUUGUUUUUGCACAUCCAAAACAACUUGAAAAGCUUCAGCGAUAUGGAUGGCUAACCCUUAUAGAUUCAACCCAUAAGACCAAUAAAUAUGAUUGGCAUUUAUUUACGCUGUAUGUUUGGGACGGCACCUGGAAACCUCGUUAUUUUUUGGCAGAUCAAAGCAGUAUAGAGACAAAAAGUAUUAUGACAGUCUUCCCAGGUCUUAGCAAAGAUGAACAAGAAUGUGAUGUUAUUUUUUGCACUGUACACGUUAUGCGGACAUGGAUGAAUAAAAUAUAUGAAUCAGAAACUCGAUCCAAAAUGAUUCAAGCCAUGCAUAAACGAACAAAAAUUGAUUGUGAUAUGUUUGUUCAAAAAGCAAUUAAUGAAUGUACCCUUUCUCCCGUUAAAAAAUACAUUUCAAGAUAUUAUUCAGAAAAUACUCACCAGUGGGCCCUAUGGGCCCGCCAGCACUCUCCACUACUUUUACAAAUAACAUCGACAAAUGCUCUGGAGUCAUAUCAUAGCGAGUUAAAAAGAACAACCUCACCUCAAUAUGGUCUGAUCGGUGCAUGCAAUAAGAUUGUUGUACUUGAUCUAAAAAAACAAUCAGAUUCUGAUUAUGUCGCGUUCGAAUUUCGUGUUAAAAAAAUUUCUGCCGUUGGUGUUGAAGACGAUGUUCUUAAAAAAAUUCAUAAGUUUCCUUUUCCUAUUCAGAAAUUAAUAAUCAACGAAGUUCUUGCUUUUAACGAUAGGAUAGAGAAAGGUAAAGGAUUGCCUGGCUUGUUGUCACUUGAAUGUCAUUGUCUUUUUUUUCGCAAAUACAUGCUUCCUUGCAAGCAUAUUCUCCACAAGCAAAUGUAUAGUCUCAGGAAAUUGCUAAUAGCUAAAGCUUGGAAACAAUUUCAACAAAUGUUUGACGAAGGUGGAUUCGAAAUUUAUGAACAUCGUGAGUUAGUAAGGAUAGAAUUUCCUGAAAAAAAUGAAAUCGACAAAGCAGCAGAAAAUAGAAGACUUACGGUAAAUGAGUUAAUGGAGAGAACACGCAAUGAGUAUUGGAGCAUCAAAGAAAGUGGCGGUAAAAAGGAAAAAGCUGAAUUUAUUCAAAAGUUAAAGUUUUGUUUAGAUUCAGUCUUAAAAAAAUAA